UAUCCACCACAACUAGCGGUCCCAGUCCCUUGUUAUCUAUUUCUCAACGAUCAAACCUCUAUUUUCAUUGUAACAAAAUCAAUAAUAACAAAACAAAACAAAACUACAUGCUCCUCUCAUCGGAGAGUGGAGACCAAUAAUCAACCAUCAAACCAAACUGGUGAUUGCUCCAAAUCUCUCUCUGCUUCAAUCUUUCACACAUACUACCAGGGGCACAAUGAACAUUAUGUCCACCCACCAGUGUGGUUGGCCCCUGAGAGUUCCGGAUAAUCCUGACAGAGGAAAUAUUCAUAAGGCUCCUUUUCCAGGAUAUACCGGGACUUAUUCUACAUCCAGAGGAUUGGACUCCCGUAAUGUAGGAUACCUUGCCGGUAAAUGUCAUCAUAAUGCCAGAAAAUGCAGGCCUGUUUUCUCCAGUUUAGUGAGUGACAGUUUGGAUCCUUAUGACUCAGAUGACAAAGACAAGAACAUACCUCAGAAUGGUGAAAUUGAUGAGCAUAGUAAAAAGCUUAGAGAGAGUCUGGAGAAAAUAGUUGGUACAGAUGAUUCCGCGUUUAGUGGAUUUGACCUUGCUACUCUUAUUAGGAACAAAUAUGGAAGGUCUUAUGAUGUUCAGUUGAUAAAGAAGGAAUUCAUGGGAAGAAAUCUCCUUGCUUUGAAUGUCAUGUGGAAGUACAUGGAGCAGAGAUCCUUCCCAUUGACUGAAGAAGAGUAUAUUUUGAGGCUUGAUGAUGUUGCAAACACUUUAAAAUGUUGGGGAGCUGUCUCGCAUAUUCGGAACAGCCUAGCAAAGUCGAAAGAACGACCUCGGAUAGGGAAGGCUGUAAGCCUUUUUAUAGAUAUGGAUGAAUCUGGUGCUCGUGCAAACGAGUGGAUCUACAAAUAGAUUGCAUUGAUGAGUUGAAAUUCAUCUCAAGUCAAUCAAUAGAAUCAAGAUAACAAUGAGGGAGGAGUCCAUAGCCAGCAGGGCCAUAGCUUUUUUUGAAACUUGGUUUGUUUGGAAUUGAUUACACAUGGACAUUGAUAAAAUCCACUGAAUCUAUCUAAUGUUUCAGUUGGCAUCAGGUCAAGGCAACUAUAUUUUUGGUUCUCCCCUUCUCUUGUCCUUUGAAGUGUACACUACAGAUGUAACUAAAAUGAGUCAAUAUAGGAAAAAUUUCUUAUAAACUUCUCUUCAAUUUAGAGGAGAUAUUAGUA